AUGUCUCCCUCGGGUGCUGAAUCUUCGUCGGGUGGUCGUAAAAGCCGGGACGUGGGCAACCGGGUCCUUCAAAGAACGGCACCCGUGUCUAAGUUAUCUUGGAAUUUUAAAUUGGACGAAUCGCUCAAAUGUAAAUGGUUUUCCUUUAUACCCCAUCCUCUCGGGCUGCCCACCCCGUCUAUUGCGCGCCUAGAGGCGACUGGCAUACCAACACACGCACACACCUUCAUCACAGCCUAUGUCGUGGCACCAGCGAUGGAAGACCCCUCGACAUAUAAGCAUCCACUUAUCGGGAUCCUGUUUUGCAUACAAUCCGGGGGGGGUGUAGAGAUCAGCUGGAGUUGGUAUCGUUAG